GUUACCAUUGUCCUAGAGGCUGGAUGCAGUUUAAAAGCUACUGUUACUUUGUGAACAGCUCCAUCAAGACUUGGCACCAGGCCCAGGUGUACUGCAAAGGACUGGGAGGAGAACUGGUGAAGAUAAACAGCGACGAAGAAAACGAGUUUGUGUUGAAGCUGGUUCACAAACGUGCACCAUCAGUGUCGAUGAUUUGGAUCGGACUUAAGUGGAACACGCGCGUGCGAGGCUUCAUCUGGUCCGAUCUCUCCAUUCCUAAAUACAGGAACUGGGCUCCUGGGGAGCCGAAUGGAAAUGCACGGGAACCGUGUGGAAACAUGUGGACUGGGAACACUACAGUUCUGCCUACACAUGCUCCUGGUUAUUGGAAUGACCGUAUUUGCCAACUGAUGCCCCGUUUUCCCUGUGGCCUCGUGUGCAAAAGCCUUGCCGAACCAGACGAGGCAAGCUCACCUCUGACACUAGCAAACGAUGAUGCAAUAUAAGAAUGUGAUUCUGAGUUCGUUACUGCAAUUUUCGAAUAUGCUUCACUUUCAAGAGAAAUAGAAUAAGACGUUUGGAUUUCUUUUCAUUUCUUCUAUUGUUUUCACUAUUUGAUGCUGAUAUUUUGUGUAAACAAUCUUUUGUUUUUUUCUUUGUGGUAUAUUUCAUAGAUUUACUUUUAAUCAGCU